AUGGAGACAAAUGGGAAACUGGUCCAACAGGAGGAAACAAGAAGACAAAGAAUGGACACUUUUCGAGUGUUCCAGAAAGUGGAGAAGAUUGGGGAAGGCACAUACGGCGUAGUAAAGGCCAGACACAAGCAGACGCGCCAGUUAGCUUUGAAAAAGAUCCGUUUAGAUUCGUAUACGGAAGGAUACCCAAGCAAUCAGAAAUCUCUCUGUUUGAAAGAACUGAAACAGCCAAACAUAGUCAGGCUUCUUGAUGUGGUACAUAGUCAGAAAAAACUCUAUUUAGUGUUCGAAUACCUGAAUCAGGACCUUAAAAAAUACAUGGAUUUAUCACGUACAGGAGAAUUGCCUAUGAGUUUGAUCCAGAGCUACCUUUACCAGCUACUACAAGGUGUGAGCUUCUGUCAUUCCCACAGAGUCAUCCACAGAGACCUGAAGCCCCAGAACUUACUCAUAAAUGAAACAGGAGCCAUCAAAUUAGCUGACUUUGGCCUUGCUAGAGCCUUUGGUGUUCCACUGCGUACUUAUACACAUGAGGUUGUAACUUUAUGGUAUCGAGCUCCUGAAAUUUUACUGGGUUGUAAGUACUACUCCACAGCAGUGGAUAUCUGGAGCAUUGGCUGCAUAUUCGCUGAAAUGUUCUAG